UCCCGACGGCGGCGGCGGCUACUGAGGGGCCGGGCGUGGAGCAGCGGUGGUGGCGGCGGGCGGCAACGGAGCAGCCAUGAGGGCCGGGCCCAGUCACCGACAUGUGAGUGACUGCCCCAUGUUGUGUUGAUGCCAGUCUGCCAUGCUAGCCUGUCUGCCAGGGCCAGGUGACCUGUCCUUUCCGCUUCUUUCUCACACGCAGAUGAACACUGGACUUCAGAAAUGGGACACUACACAGAAAAUGAGAGCUGCUCACUAUCCUACCCCAGCCGAAUUGGACGCGUAUGCUAAGAAGGUCGCAAACAACCCACUGACUAUAAAAAUCUUCCCCAACAGUGUGAAGGUUCCCCAGCGGAAACACGUUCGUCGUACUGUGAACGGCCUCGACACAUCAGCCCAGCGCUACAGCCCCUACCCGACUCAGGCCGCCACCAAGGCAGGCCUGCUUGCCAUUGUCAAAGUGCCAGCCAAAAGCAUACUCAAGGACUUUGACGGCACCCGAGCCCGAUUGCUCCCUGAGGCCAUCAUGAACCCCCCAGUGGCGCCCUAUGCUACUGUGGCACCCAGCACUUUAGCCCACCCCCAGGCCCAGGCUCUGGCCCGCCAGCAGGCCCUGCAGCACGCACAGACCCUGGCCCAUGCCCCUCCCCAGACGCUGCAGCACCCUCAGGGUAUCCCGCCAGCCCAGGCGCUGUCCCACCCUCAGAGCCUCCAGCAGCCUCAGGGCCUGGGCCACCCUCAGCCCAUGGCCCAGACCCAGGGCCUGGUCCACCCUCCUGCCCUGUCUCACCAGGGUCUCCAGCACCCCCCCAAUCCCUUGCUGCAUGGAGGUCGGAAGAUGCCAGACUCAGAUGCCCCCCCGAAUGUGACCGUGUCUACCUCAACUAUCCCCCUUUCAAUGGCGGCCACCCUGCAGCACAGCCAGCCCCCGGACCUGAGCAGCAUCGUGCACCAGAUCAACCAGUUUUGCCAGACGAGGGCGGGCAUCAGCACUACCUCAGUGUGUGAGGGCCAGAUCGCCAACCCCAGCCCCAUUAGUCGCAGUCUGCUCAUCAAUGCAAGCACCCGGGUGUCCACCCACAGUGUCCCCACGCCAAUGCCUUCAUGUGUGGUCAAUCCCAUGGAGCACACCCAUGCGGCCUCGGCCGCGCUGCCUGCUGCAGGUCCUGUCAACCUGCCCACGGGCGUCUCUCGAGCCCCCACUGGCUACCCUAGCGACCUCAAGCCAGUUGCCUGGAACCAGCACCAGCUGGCCCACCUACAGCAGAUGUGCAGUGAGGCUGGUGGGACGCCGGCCCCUGGCCUGACAGGCAAGCAUGCAGCAGGACGCGAGUUGGCAGGGCCUGGCUUUGUGGGCAAGGCCCCUGCCUACCCGCAGGAACUCUGCCUGGCACAGUCCUUCCAUCUGAAGCCAGCCCUGGAGAAGCCAACCCCGUCCCCACCCGUCAACGGCCUGGCAGCCCCACUGGCCUACCCCAAUGGUCACUACUUCCAGCCCCUGUGGAACAACAUUCUGCCCACCCCCAAUAGCGACAGCUCGGGGUCUCAGGACCUCGCCAUGCCGUUCCAUGGUGGGCAGCCCACGGGUGCACCCCUCGACUGUGGGACGGCUGCUGGGGCCCACUACCGAGCAGGGUCCGGGGGUGGGCCGGUGGCAAGCCAGAACAGCUUGAUGCAAACAGUGGAUUACCUAAGCGGGGAUUUCCAACAGGCCUGCUUUCGAGAACAGAGCCUGGCCAUGCUGAGCAAGGCCCACCGAGCCCCUGGCACCCGAGCCCCUGAUCCCGCAGAUAGUCGAAAUCUUCAUCUUCAGCACCCUGGGUAUAGAUAGGGAGCCCUGGUGCCCUCCACAAGCUACACAUCGUACAGCACCCUCCUAGGUGUAGACUUUUGAGUAAUUGGAUAGUUUCAAAAUUUCGCUGCUCCAGUGUGAUCAUUCUUAGAUGUCUAAGAAAGGUAAUUUGGUGGGCUCUAAUUGAGGACAGCAGGGGAUCCCCUGUGCCCUCAUCCUCCCCUCCACCACCCCUAGCAACUUCUGGGUUUAUGUGAGGACCUGACCCCAGCUCCAGGCUUUUCUCUCUGCUGCCUCUCAUCUCUUGCCUUGGCCAUUUCCUACCAGGCACCUCCUAUCCUUUCUUACACCUCUGCCUGUUUUCCUUAAGACUGAGGUGUGGGAAGGGGAAGGGGCCUGGGGGAGGUGGCUGUGGUGUGCAGCCCCUUCAGCUUGGCCACUCCCUGUCUGUCUCUGUCUUUGGGACUAAGAAGCCAGACUUCCCAAGUGCUCUGGAAGCUAAUUCCUUAUUCACCCAAAGAUCUUCAGUCAAAACUGACCCAGUCUUCACCUCCUCUCACCCCUCUCCAUUCCUCAGGGCUUCGUUGUACACCUGUGUUGAUUCCAGAGCCACUGCACUUGUCCUUGCUACACUCCUCAAGGGCACCCUGCAGGCACUUGGCCUUAUUAUUAGCCUUGAGGCAUGGGAAGAUCUUUGUGCUGGUAUCUUAGUUCCUGACCACCCCCCCCUUCCAGUGCUAGAGAAAGGUAGUAAGGUGGUAGUGACCAUUCAGUGCAGCCAAAAUCCCUUUCUCACUGUUGUCUCUCCUUAAUCACCUGUUGCUCCCAUCCCCCAUGCCCCUCCAGAAACCAAGCAAAACAAAACAGGAUGUUGAGGAACUAAGUAGGUAAAGGGUGAUCACAUUGGAGUUCAGAAUUUAAAAACAUCCCCCCCCCCCAAAAAAAAGUUACAAUGCAUUUGGUUCUCUUUACACUGGCUAAGAAUAUUGCUCUACACUGUAAGUUUUAAAUGUCCUGUUUCUGUGUGAAUGUAGUGUGGGUUUGAGUAGAGUGUGAGCGGCCCCACAGGUACAUUCACCCUCUUGUCACCUCCUUUUGCAGCCCCUCAGUUUAGUGAAGAAAGAAAGAAAAAAAAAAAAAAACACAAAGCCUUAAGCUCUUUGAAUUCUUCCUUUACCAAAUGAGCAUGGUUCUAACAGCUGGAGGCGGACCUCUGUGGGAAACAGCCCCUCCUGCCCUUGCCCGCCCUUCACAUGCCCAUUCUUCACCCCAUGCUCAGCGUGUCUCAUCCCCAAGUGGCAAAUAGUUGGCUAGAAAUUUAAGACUUUUCUAUAACUUUAAAUUUAGAACGUUUCGUAAUUUUUUGCACCUUUUUGUUAAAGAUAUGUAGUUGGGCUCUUUUUUUUUGUUUUUGUUGUUGUUUUUUUUUUUAACCAAAUAAGCCCUUACCUUUCCUGUCUCUGGGGAAUGUGAGCUGAUGAUGUUAUUUAAGAUUUGGGGUUUUGUUUACUAUACUAUCCACUGUUCUUUAGCCAGAAAUUCUCUAGCGAUCUGAAGCAAUGUGACUGAAGACCAGUUUUUAAAUUAUGUGUUGGCAAGUUGCCUUAUAUUUAAAAAGAAAAAAAAAGAAAAAAAAUGCCUGAUUGUGUUAUGCCAAAUGAUAGCAACAUGAAGUCCUAAUUUAUUGUUCUGAUUUCCCUGCCGUCUGUGAACACUGGUACCUCCCUGUCCCUGAGUCCUUGUGUUGGGGGUGGGGGGCGGCACCUGCAGCUUCUGGUUCAGGGCCAGCCCCCCAAGGCGCUGGCCACUGUCUCACCCAGGGCCCCCUUCUGGUUCUUGCUUUUCGGAAUUACAUUUAAAGAACACCACUGUCUCCCCUUAUCCCUUGCUUAAUCUCCAAACCAGGUAUUUUUGCUGUAAUUUUUUCCAAUGCCUCUCCCCAAAAGGUGAGCUGCCAUCUUAGGAAAUUGGACCAGACACCAACUUGGGGGCUUUAAAUCAAACCUCAAACCCUCAAAUCUCUUCCUGUGUAGGGGUGCAACUCUCUGAACUCUCACUCCCAUCCCUGGUCUGCAUGGAAAAUGUACUGUGACCCCCCCAAAACUCCCCCAACUACCCUUGCCUUUGGUGUGAGAUGUUUCCUAGUUCACCCUGAGCCCCUCUCCCCCUCUGCCAGCCAACCCCAACCAGCAAUAAGGGUCCAAGCCAGGGCCUCCUAUCCACGCUCCCUGCCUCCAUCCCACACUGCCCCUAGGGAAUACCUGAUUCCCUGCGCUGUCCACAUACUGUAGCACUCAUUCUCCAUCUCCCUCAUCUUCUCACCUGUGGUGGUUUAUGGGUGUGAUGGGGUUUUUAAGAUUAUUAUAAACCAGUAAAAAGGAAAAACUCAC